GUCCGAGAAAUGUUCGGUAACGAUUGAGAAUGGCGUGACAGGACAAACCGUCCACAUUCCUGUUCGAAUUCGAAUAGUUGGUCAAGCAGCUAAACAGGUCUACAAUGCAUUGGACAGCGCAGGUUUCCUCGAUUUUCUUUUGAUAUUCCUCCAACACUACUCGUGGAUAAUCCCCUCAUUAAUGUGGAUUUGUGCUCUGGGAGUGAUUACCAUCGCUGUGUAUUGGUUCAUUCGGAGACGAGUAUGGGAGAAAGAAGGUACCUUCAACGAUAACAGCACUUUACGUUCACCAUCGUCGUCAAUGUUGAGCCGCCCUUCAAUAUCUGUACAAAGCUCACCAAGCUUUUUCCGGCAAUCGCCGCUCGGGAAAUCGACACCGAUCUUUGGAGACUCGAUGGGGAGUGGUAUGAAGGCUCGUCCAUUAGGUGCAAAAGGAGAAGCAAACCUGUGGAGUACGGAGGCGACAAGGAGGAAAUGA